AUGGAGGCUGGUAAGCGCGGUAUCAUCGUUGGAGGUUGGGCCGAGCUGUCUGAAGAGUCAGCACCUCUGGAAGUUGCCGAAGAUGGAUCAAUUCAAUGGUCGCUGGGUGGUGACGAUGCUGAGGAUCUGAAGGAAUACAGCAGAAACAACGUCCUCUUCCUCAAGUCCGCUCCGCAUGAGUGGCUCUUCCCACAAUGUGCUUGCUGUGUGCAUCAUGGUGGCAUCGGCACGGCGCAGGCUUCAUUGAGUGCUGGAGUGCCAACCCUGGUCACUCCGGUGUUUGCAGACCAGAAAGACAUCGCGAAGAAGCUGUCCAAAGAUGGGCAUGGUGAGGGGACUGUGCACCUGUCCCAGCUCUCUGCGAAAGAGCUUGGAGCGAAGAUCAAGAGGUGCUGCGAGGAUCCGAAAAUCCUGGAAAACUGCAAGAAGCUCGCAGAGGUCAUGCAGAAGGAGGACGGCACACAAACCGCAAUCGAGUUCAUUGAGAAGUUCAAGAAAGAGGUGGACGAUGGAACCUGGAAGAAAAAGAGGGAUGCUUUGGAACAAAGGCUCAAAGUAGCACACAAUAGGUUCAAAAAGCUGGUGGAGCCCUCACAGAUGUUUGCCAAGUGGAGCAUGGAUCUGGCUGAGAAGUACCCACCCAUGAAGGCCUAUACCAGUGAUCAGAUAGACAAGUACGGCAAGAUGGUGGAGAUUUUCAUGAAGAAGAAGCUUUGGUACGUGAAGUCCUCCGGUGGCUGCCUGGCCCGAAAAGGAGAGGCAUUGAAGUCGGAUGAGUGCGGCCGAUUCAAGGAGUUUGCGGUGCUGGAGGAGAUUGGCGCCAACAAAACUGGCAGCAGACUCCAUGUCAAAAGGUUGAAAGGCAUUGGACCAGAUGAAGGCUGGGUUUCACCCAGCGUGUCCGGCAAAGACAUUGUGGUCAAGGUGGCUUCCCAGCAAGAGAUUGGAAAGAUUACGGCUGACGCCAUUGCGAAGCAAUUCGCAGACAUUACGACAGUGCAACAAAAACAGGAAGAUCAGAAGGUUAAGACCAAAGGCUGA